UCAACUUUGUUGAAAUGAUUUUAGGCUUACGGUAUAUUGAAUAUAUUAAAAUGGGAAUUCUGAAUUAUAUUUUAAAAAAAAACUUUAUUUUAAGCGAUACUUUAUGAGGUUAUAACAAGAAUACUUGUACGCAAGUGUGAAAAUAGUGCAAAUGGAUUCCGACAAAGGUAAAAAUAAUGUUGCUCGGAAGGACGAGGAACCUGCACCUCCAGGAACUGAAAUACCACUGCCAUUAGAUCAAGAACCACCAACGCCGAUUUCAACUCCAAAGACACCAAAAGUUAUUUCAUCAGCUAAAGGGGUAGAAAAUGCGAAAAAAAGACUCAGGGCAUUUUCAAUUCAGAAAAAAACUCCAAUCACUCCUAUCUUGGUACCAAAAUCGUCAGGAAGUGGAAGUACAACAGUAUUGAUUGGUAAAUUGAGUAGUGUCAAAGUUACCCCAAAAGUAGAAGACCCGGAGCAGAAAAAACUACCAAAACCUCCGAAACCAGGAACUUCCAGGAAGUCCUUUCAAGAUUCAUACACAGACCUCCAAAAGAGAACUCUCGCUGAAAUAGAAGAUAUGAAACGUAAAAUGGAAUUGGUUGAAUUAGGCAUACCCCUCGGUCUCAUCUGCCCAUCGUCAACCAGUGAGAAGGCUAUGCCGACCAAAGCUAUGCCACCUAUCAAGUCAUUCUUGGAUCCAGCAAAAGUUGACGAUCUAAUUCGUGAAGCAAAAAAGGCAAAGCUUGAAGGAAAAGAGUUUAAGUUUGACUAUCAUAAGUUAUUGCCUGAUUACGAUAAUCCGUUUCAAAGGAAGAGAGAUGAAGCGUCUUCUCAUGACAAGGACCGUAAAUCUGAUCGCCGUAAAGGUGAAUCAGAUAAGGAUAGGAGGAAAAGUGAUAAAUAUGAUUCAAGAAGACAUGAUUAUAGGAAAGAUGACAUGAAAUAUAAGGAGAGAGAUAGAGAUAAACAAAAAGACAAGAGUAAAAGUAAAGAAGAAAAGACCGAAGAAUCAAGAAAAAUAGAGAAAUCAACAGAAAAGGAAACUGACGUGAAUCUCAAUGAUUAUUUGGUAUGUGACAGCUGGUCUCUAGAUAACGAUGACAAAAAUAGUAGCUCAAGUCCUAAGGUUCAAGAGAAACCAUCUAACUUCGUUGCAUCGUUCACUCCUUCCACGGAUAUCAAGGUUACGGAACCGUCUGAACAACUGAAACUGAGUAUAUCCAAGAAUAAAGAAAUAUUAAGGAAUAUCACACUAGAUAAACCAGUUAAUAUGCCCGUUAAGAUGGAAAAAUUGCAGCCGGUAAUAGAUUCAUUUAAAUUCGAGAUAGAUCCAAACGAUGAUGAAAUUCUAGAUAUAUUUGAUGAAGAUUCAGGAUUAGAAAAAUAUGCUCAGACUAAAUCGAAGAAGCAAUUGUUACUAUAUGAUCCGUCUGAUAAAAAUGUAGAUUACGGGGCAGACAUAUCCAAGGACACGUCUUUAGACGGUUUAAACGACGAUACCUUUUUGGAAUCCGUCAUAAAUGAAAUAAAACAAGAGGAUAUGACCGAGGAUGGCAGUCAAGAUAAGGGACUCGUUGAGUACGAAAUAUCACCGAAUAGAGAAGAAGUAAGUCCAAGGAAAACAAAAGCCGGCUCCGUGACACCAGAAAUAAUCGAUAAAUCUCGUGCUCAAAGUCAAAGGAGUGAUUUUUCUGAAGGUUACAGAUCAUCAGACAGUUUUAAUACCACUGAUACGAACGAAAGUGGAUACAAAUCAAUGGAAAAUUAUAGAUUGUCAAUAGAGAAAGAGUUGGACGAGGCACUGGAUUCGAAGAUGUCUAAAUCAACUGUCGAUUCGCUGGAAACGUGGAAUUUUGUGCUCAAAAUUUGCCAGCCACUUUUGUUUAGACACGAUAAGAAGAAAUGUUACAAAGAAACUCGGGCAACUCCCAAGAUAUGGUACACUGAGAGUCCGAAAGCAUGUGCAUGUGUAAAAGACCGUAGUGCUGUUUAUGAGGAGCUGGAAAUGUCUAAAAUGAAUCUAGUGGACCGAGUGUACGGAUGUGAUCAGAUUGCUGAUUCGCCAUUUUCAUCUGCACGCGGUUGGUAUCCUCGUCACAGCUUAUGUCCCACUGAGAGCAACGUUGUCCCUCUUGCCAAUGAGUGGGAAGCUGAGGAUAGCUUACAGGCGCACAGGACCGAGGAAAGAAGGUCGGCGACUCCUCUAAGAAACGACGAACUCUCACUCGACAGGGAGUAUCAGAGGUUUAUGGAAGCGGUAUGGCCAGACGCCGUCGAUUCCAAAAUAGAAACAUCAAGAAGCACGACACCGGUGAGACAGGAAUCUAGGAAGAAGAAGAAAGAGGAUUUAGAAAAAGAAACAGACGAUAAAAAGUCUAAGAAGAUAAAGUUAAGCAGCGAGGGUUGGAGCCAAGAGUCUGAUAUAGACGAGGAACAAGAUAAAAGUAACAAAGCUAAAGUAGAAAAGGAAAAGCCCAGACCUCGUAAACGAAAACAUUCUACUUCGUCGAUGUCCUCGUCGUUGUCAGACAGCGACGAAAACUCCGUAAAGAAAAGGAAAUUGCUCAAGAAAAAGGCGAUGAAGAAAACAAAAUCGAAGUCGGCUAAGCGUCGUCGCAUAGGACGCAAAAUACUUAAAAAGUUGAAACAAAAACAGAAUACGCGUAAACAAAACAAGUCUUCUGAAGACGAAGAUUCAGAUAGGAAAAAAGAUAAGAAAAUAAAAAAGAGGAAGCAAGAAAAGUUAAAGAAGAAGGCGCAAAAGAAAAAGAAGGUUGUUCAAACGAGUUCUUCCAGUUCAUCUUCAAGUAGCGACAGCAGCAGCGAAUCAGAUUCGGCCAGUGAAAGGAGAGCGAAGAAGGCGAAAAAGCGAAACCAGGAGAGGAGGAAGAAAGUCAAAAAGCAACGAAAACCGUCUUCGUCAGAUUCGACGCAAAGCGAAGACUUGUUUGAUGUCAACAUUCUUAAUAAUAUUAAAACAGAACGUUUAACAGAUGACGAGAAAGGGCAAAAGUUAAUGGAGUUUUCACCUCGUCGUCAAAAACCUAGAGAGAUUAUAAACGUCAAAGAACUACAGAAUGAUUUUGUAGAGAACAUACAUAUUAAAAAGGAAGUAGAAGAAGAUCUAUGUAAAGAAGUACGUAAAGAAGAUACGGUUAAAACACAAACUGAUCGCUUCGAUGUUGAUAAUUUGGAACCGAUUACAGAAAUAAGUGCUAUUGAAGAGAUAGAACUGCCCGAGGAUCCUCCGGUAGAAAACACACUCCCCAAGCCAGUCCUCGCCCCUCCCACCGUGGUUCCCGAGGCCCCCCCACCAGACGAGUCCAACAUGUCUCAGUGUUCAUCCCAAGAAUCAGUGUGCAGUGUGAAGGAUGUACCGUCAUACGAAAAAGACGAAAGCCAUCUCCGUCCGUCAUCUCAAAAUUCUAACUACAGUUUCAACGAUGUCAUUAGUGCGAGUCAAAACGUGCUCUAUCAGAAGGGAAUAGAGACGGUCGCCGAGUGCGAGGACAAGUAUACGGAGAGCUACGAGACCGCCAACUACGAGAUGUACGAGCAACUCGCAAUGGCCUACCAGAGCGACGUCGCGAGUCAGCGCACGUGCUCGGGUGCGGAGGGGGCGGAGGGCGCGGAGGGCGCGGGCGGCUCGCGGCGCAUCGAGACGGUGGUGCGCGCGCGCUGCGGCGAGAUCAAGUGCGACUGGCGGCCGGGGGGUGCCCCCGCGCCGCCGCCCGCGCCCCGGCCGUCGCGCUGGGGGCUGAAACCGGGAGAGGUGAACAUCGUGUUGACCGGCGAGGGAACUCACUUUCCGGUGGAGGAGGCGCAGCCGAUCUAUCAGAUUCAGAGCAUCGCCAAUCGCACAGACUCUAACACUAAUACGGGCUACGAUGAAGCUUAUAUGGACAUGUAUGGAGCCUCCGAUCGCUUGCAGUACGGCGAUUGUUUCGCCCCCGACUUCGAUACAAACACGGUUUCCGCAAACAUCGCAGUCACUGCCAUUGAUAAUAUUUCUCUGACUACAAAUGUCUCAGUGAAAGCGAAUGUGGAAACUAGGACUAGUUCACUAGACGAUAGGAUUAACAAAGCAUUAAGAGAAACAGUACUCGGGGAAGUGGCUAAUGAAGUAGAAAGCGUCGAUGCUGAUAAGGACGUACCUGAAAAGGGAAUUUUGAUCACCAAUAUAUCGGAGUCUCGCAGCUCAAAGCGAGUGAGUUUCGCCGACGGAUACAAGCCGGGACAGGACUCCGACGUCGAGGAACCGCCCGUGAAGAAGCGCAAGAAGGCUCGGCGCUACGGCUGCGCGUGGCCGUGCCCCGCCGCGCACGCCGACCACGUGCCGCUGUGGGACGCGCUGCCGCCCCCGCCGCCGCCGCCGGGCUCGCCGCCCCCGCCGCUGCACGCCGCGCCCCCCGCGCACCUGCUGCGCGCCGCGCGCCGCCGCGCCCCACUCGCCGCCGCGCUGCCCGCGCUGCCCGCGCUGCCCGCCGGCAAGUUCGAUCCAUCGAUUCCGUUGCCUGGGUUCAUGCCUCCGGAGCCGCCGCCCGGCCUCAUUACCUUGCAGUAGUUUAAAUAACAUUUGAUUGUUAUUAAUUUUAAUGUUUGUAUUUAAGGUAUUGUAAAUAAACUUACGCUUACAAUUUA